UUAAUCACUGAUAAAAUGUCGGUUUGUAUUUAAUUAGAUUUUAUAUCAAAAGACUCAGAGUUUAGAGACAGCUCGUUGAGGUUAGAAUACAACAGGAAGCUGUUCACGAUCCGGGUUCGAGACCGAAUUUCUGGCCAUCAGGAUUUCUUGUAGAGAAAGAGAGAUGAUGAAGAUACUGAAGUGUAGAAAUGUUCCAUCAUGUGGUGCUGCUUAAGGUCAUCAUCAUGCUUCUCCUCUUUCUGUUCAGCCCACAAGCUGUUCCUGUCUCCAGCCCUUCAUAGGCUCAGGUAUCAUUAUUUGUGAAAGAGAGGGCUGGACGGAGGGAUGAGGGAGGGCAGGAGGGGGUGUGGUGUAAUAUUGAGUAAACGGAGCUGGACACACACUGUGUUCACUGUACUGCACCAGCUUCAGCAUCGUGAUGCUGCAUAAAGCGAUCCAGGCGGCACGUGAGGGAGAGCUGGAGGCACUCAGGGUCCUGCAGGCGUCCGGGGGUCUCACGCCGGGUAUCUCUGAUGAUCAGGGGGCCACGCCAGUUCAUCAUGCUGCACGUGGGGGUCAGAUGGAGUGUCUACGCUUCCUGGUGAGAGAGGCAAGCUUCAAAGGGAACACACGUGCCAGGAACGGAGCCACGGCCGCACACGACGCCGCCGCCACUGGGCACGUGCAGGAGCUGCAGUGGCUUCUGGGACAUGGAGAGUGCAGGCUGGAGGAUCAGGAUGGUGAAGGAGCCACAGCUGUACAUUUAGCAGCUCGUUUUGGUCGAGCUGAAGCUCUGCAGUGGCUCCUGACUGCAGGGGGCAGCACUGAGCUUCAGACACACUGUGGGGCUCUUCCUGUCCACUACGCUGCUGCAAGCGGAAACCUCACCUGCCUGAAGCUGCUCAUAUCCCACUCACCACGAUGUGUGGACCAUCAGAUGCACACCGGAGCCACGCCCCUUUACCUGGCCUGUCAGGAGGGGCAUCUGCACGUGGUGGAGUUUCUGGUGAAAGACUGUGGAGCAAACGUCCAUCUGCAGGCCCGAGAUGGGAUGAGCGCCCUGCACGCCGCCGCACACAUGGGCCACCACGCGCUGGUGGUCUGGCUGGCGUCGUUCACAGACGUGGACUUGUCGUGUCAGGAUGUAAAUGGAGCCACAGCUCUACACUUCGCUGCCAGUGAAGGACACCAUCGCAUCCUGGAGCGUCUGCUGCUCAUGGAUGCCAAAAUCCUGACAGACCACUGGGGCGGGACGCCGCUGCAUGAUGCUGCAGAGAACGGAGAAGUUGAGUGUUGUCGCAUCCUGAUGGAACAUCACGUCAGUCCACUGGAGAAGGAUGUGGACGGAUUCAGUGCAGUGGAGCUGGCAGAAUAUAACGGCCACCGUGACUGUGCUGCUCUCCUCCAGUCAGGGUUUUAUGAGUCAGAAGAGUGUCUUCUUUCCCCGGAGAUCAUUCUGAUAGAAGAGGAGAGGACACUGUUUGGGACAGAAGGUCAAGAUCUAAACAUUACUGAACAGUCUAGUGAGCAGAGUUGCCAAACUGCUAUGGAGAACAGCAAGCCGGUGAAGGAGGUUCCUCCUCAGCCUCGUCUCUAUCCUUCGAGCCCUGAUUGUUCACCCUCACAAUCCACUAGCAACGGAAUCAGCUCCAUUCAUCAUGUCCAAACUGCUUCAUCUGUUGUGGCCACCAUGAGAAAAUGCUCAGAGGAAAGUAAGGCACUGGUGCCUCAGACGAAGUCCAUAAGAUCCUGGAGACAUGCGGGAAUAACAGCAGUCUUUACAGGACAUGUGAAAGUUGAAAAAGGAAUGGUUGAGCUCCCAGUGGAGGAGGUGAAUCUCGCUGAUAUAGACUCGCUGGUUCCAACACAUGAUGAACACGGGAAGCCAAUUGCAGAGUGGAAGAGGCAAGUAAUGGUGCGUAAACUUCAAGCAAGGCUUCAAGAUGAUGAAGACCAAUGGAGAAAGGAUGACAAAGCUAUAGAUGCCUGGAGAUAUUCCAAGGUUCACAACGCUAUUUUGGGCCCCUUUGGUGAAUUACUAACUGAGGAUGACUUGGUAUACUUGGAGGGACAGAUUGAGACCGUUUCCCUGCAGAAAAAGUGUCAGGCCUAUGAGCUGGAGUUAACACGUCUGGCCGAGCAACUCCAAACUCUCCUACCUGCUCCCAUUGUUAACAUCACCAUCAACACUCAGUUUCAGCAGAAGCCAGAGAUGAAGGACACUCUUGCGCUUCCUGUCUGGUGUAACCGUAUAUCAGGAAUCGUGAAGAGCAUGUCCUUGCUCCUUAACAACCUGUCAGAGAAAAGCGACAAAAGUGUAGAGGACAGUGUCUCCAAAAUGCCCAACAAAGAACUGGCAUCAGUGUUCUCAACCCAGCCAGAAAGGUAUAAAGCCAAGCGAGAGAAGGUGGAAAUGGAGAUCCAGUUGUCAGGAGUUUCUGUGAGGAAUUUAAGAUCCACCUUUGAAGGUCAGAUUGGAAACAUCUAUCCAUUUUCAGGGAUGUUAAAUAACAUAUCUAAUUCCACUCCCAAUCAGCAGAAUGUGCUCAAUCCCUCACAAACAUGUGCUGUCCUAAAUAAAGACCUUAAUCUUGUUAAUGACUGUAACCUAAAUUGCAAACAUACCACCGGCGAGGAACCAGCUAAGGUUCUGGAGACCACCAGCUUACGCAAAGAGAGAAUUGUUGUCUUGUUCUUAGGCCACUGGAAAAAAUCUGCCUAUGCAAUCUCAAUGAGAGCUAAAAUGCAACAUGAACUAGACACAGAGAGAUCACCUGAGGCUUAUGUUAAAGGUCACGGUGUGCCGACUCCAGUCCCUCAGUCAACUGGUAGCUCCCUGUAUCAUCUCUACAGACAAAGGACAGCUAUAGACAAAAUGAUUCGAAACUGGAGGGCUAUCAACUCAGGCGUUCCCUCACGCCAGAUCCGGAGCCUCCAGAGAAAGACAAUCACUUAUUCCCCUGAGCACUUCCUCCCUCGAGUAGAUGGAGCACCCAUGCCUUAUGAAAGUUUGACUCUUGACCUGUUCAUGCUGGGGUACUUCCAUAUCCUGGAGCAGGAUUUGCCUGCCGAUGAGCGCAAAAUGAGACACCUGCUCUGCUUUGAAGUUUUCGACCAUGUCGGGGACUUCCCAUGGGAGACAGUUAGAGAAUUCCAUCGGGCUGUCCUGAAGGACAUAGAGGAUGGGAAACGGCAAUGGAAAGAUGGCUUCGAAGACAUCAAAGCCUGCUUUUUUGGGACAAAAACAAAGGUAGCUGAUAACAGGUCUCUGAAGGACUCUGAGGUUAGGACAGUUCCUAGAGUCAUGGUUGAGGAUGUUGUGUCAGAUGAAGGAAUGCACAGAGAAGAUGGGAACACAGACUUGUCAUGUUUUACUAAUGACGAAAUCUGUAAAUACAUCGACCGUAGCUUUGUUUUCUGGAAGGAGAAAGAAGCUGAAUUAUUUGACUUUGAACAUUAGAGCUCGGUUCAGAUGGUUCUGUUUCUAGAUCCUUAUAUAUUUUGAACUGCAUAAGAACUGUUGUGUUAUUUGUUUUUAGAUUUGUAUGAUGAUUGGAAAAUUAGUUUGAAACGACUGACAUAUUACAUGAAAUGCUGCACCCCUCUGCAGCAGCCUAAAUGUUUUAGAUACUAUAAAAACACGGGGCAAAGAACAGACAUUUUGACAAGCUUGAUAUUUUUUGGCUACUUUAUGCCACAGUUUUUAAACCACGAACCGAAAUGUAGCUUCAUCAAGUCUUCCAAUAUUAGUCUCCAAUAUCCAGGUAGGUUUUAGGUCUUUAGGUGUAGGUGCAUCAUGCAAAAAGGACACAGGCUAAAUACUGUAGGUGAGGUCAGCUUUGAUAUCAGGUAGUCUUUAAGGAGUAAGGAGAGAAGAGGUUUUGUGUCUUGUUUGUGUAAGAGCAGUGGCAAACAUUACUGUCCAACAAGUCAUCAGUUAGUGACACUGAUUCAGAGUGAAUGAGAAUGUCUAAUUUGAAGUAUGUUUGGUGUCAGAUUAUAUGUCUACACAUGCUGUCAUUGUAUCCUCACAAGCAGGAACUACUGUAAGACGUGAAAACAUAGGAAUCAAACAAAUUUGUCAAAUAAAGAAAUAAAUGCUUA